AUGCAAAUGAUGUAUGAGACAAUUUACAAGGCUUUGGUUGAAGUUGGGCUUGAAGCAGCAUACUCUCCGCAAGACUACUUGAACUUCUUCUGUCUUGGCAAUCGGGAGGCAGUAGAUAUGUAUGAGAAUAUCACUGGAUCUGGAUCUGGAUCUCUUCCGCCAGCUAAUAGUCCCCAAGCAAUGAGUAGAAACAGUCGACGUUUUAUGAUUUAUGUCCAUUCAAAAGGCAUGAUAGUUGAUGAUGAAUAUGUCAUAUUGGGGUCUGCAAACAUCAACCAGCGUUCUAUGGAAGGAACGAGGGACACCGAGAUUGCAAUGGGUGCCUAUCAACCUUAUCAUACCUGGGCAAGAAGAAAGUUUUAUCCACCAGGGCAGAUCCAUGGAUAUAGAAUGUCACUUUGGGCGGAACAUAUUGGUGGUAUUGAAGACUGCUUUUCACAUCCAGAAAGCCUUGAAUGUGUUAGGAGGAUUAGAACAAUAGGUGAAAUGAACUGGAAACAAUAUGCAUCAAAUGAUGCAACAGAAGAGAUGAAAGGGCAUCUGCUCAAGUACCCGGUAGAAGUCGAUCGGAAGGGUAUUGUAAGAUCCCUUCCUGGCCAGGAUGAGUUCCCGGAUGUGGGAGGAAAGAUUAUAGGAUCAUUUAUUGCCAUUCAGGAAAAUCUAACCAUUUGA